AUGACUACGUCCUGGGAUUACCCUCCUUCGGGGAAGGGUGAGGUUCCACGCGAGUUCAUUGUGAAUAAUGUCGAGCUGUAUCUGUCACAGGCGGCCAGCGUUGCCUUUCGCAAGCCAUUGCCUGCACAACGCAAGAAGCUGGAGAGGAGAGAGUCUAUCAAACCACUAUCGAAUCCAGACGACAAGAAGCUCAAGGAGAAACACAGCUGGCUGAGCUUGUCUAAGGCUACAAGUUCAGGCCAAUGGAGAUCUGCUACAUGCAAGCUAUCAGAAGAGGGCGACCGAUGUUUGUUGAACAUCUACGUUGAUGAAACCAUGCUGUAUCAAACUGUAUCCAUUCACCUCCUCAACCAUACCGAUAUUCGGGAGGCAGAUAGUUCCCUCUUCUUCAGGAAGUACUGUCUAGGAAUCUAUGGCAAAGCUGCCCAACGUUGGAACGCGGGCUAUCCCGUGGAACCAAUCUACCUCCAUUUCCCGAAUGUCGAUUCCUGUCAUUCGUGGCUUGCGCUGUUGAGAUCUUACGCCAUUCCGGAGAUCUAUGGUCGCUACUUCUUCAAAGAGGACGGCGGGUCAUAUCGAAUGUGGCGUCAAGUCGAACUUACCGUUCAACAAGGUCGCUACUUGGGAAGUGCCCGGUUUCUGGGAGACCAAGGCGCGAAUGGCGCGGUGCCCCCAUCCACCGAGACCAACCAAGAACCAGAAGUCAUAGACAUGGAUGUCUCAUGCGAGAUAUUCCUCAACGACGUCAUUUGCGGCCGUACUACCGUGAAGAAAGGCAUAGGCUCGCCCGACUGGCACGAGAGCUUCACGUUUCCCGACCUUCCCCCGUUCGAGAUGUUGGACGUUAAUGUGUGGCGCGAAAAGAAACUGUUCAAGCCGACGAUGAUGGGUUCCGUUCGCAUCACCCUCAGCAACUUCAGGCGGGGCGAAGCUGUGGAAGGGUGGUUCCCUGUCCUCCACUCGGGAGUUGCGGGGAAUGAUGUUCAAGUCGGCGAAAUCAGAUUGAAGAUUCGGGUCGACGAGGAAAUCAUAUUGCCCGCUACCACUUAUGAAGGUCUACUCGAGGCACUCAAUUCACGCAACUUCCUCGACUGGAUGAUUGACUUCGAGACAAAGCUGCAUCUGAAGACCAUCACCACGCAAUUAAUGUCUAUUGCUGUUGCCAGGAACGUACUCAUUCCUCAAGUUCAGGAGCUGGCUGAUAGGGAGGUAGAUGGCACUCCGUCAUCCCACCAAACACUCUUCCGUGGUAACACCAUUUUGACCAAGGUCAUGGAGGCCUGCAUGUCUUGGUAUGGAAAAGCGUUCCUUGAGGCUAGUAUUGGUGAUGUUCUCCGUCGACUAUGUGACGAAAAGGUGGCAAUCGAGGUGGACCCAGUAAGGAGCGGCAAGAGUACCCGAGACAUGGAUAAGAACCGCGAAUUGCUGAUUCAAUGGUGCGAGAGAUUUUGGAUCCAGAUACACUCCGUUCGCAACGAAUGCCCCAAUGAAAUGCGUAAAUUAUUUGAGCAUGUACGCAAACUUGUCGAGGGAAGAUAUAAUCUCGGAGAUCUAUCCCAGGAGCAGAAUCGCGACCUACCGUGGCAGAGCGUAUCCGCAUUCUGCUUCCUCCGGUUUAUAGUCCCCGCGAUUUUGCAUCCCCAUCUCUUCGGCCUAUGCCCCGGUCUGCCGAGCCCUGCUGUCAAGCGCAGUCUUACUCUCGUAGCUAAGGUUAUGCAAAGUCUGGCUAACCUGAAUGCUUCCGUGCAAAAGGAAGAAUUCAUGCGAGGGAUCAAAGAUUUCUUAGCAGACAACAGGGAGUCCAUGAUUGACUACCUGAUAGUGAUAUCCACUCCUACCAAUGAACCAUACGACCCUCAUCCAACUCCCAUGGAUGGACGCCAUUCGCGCCUUCACAUAGUCAACCAUCUACGAAACAGAGCAGCUAAGAUGCCCGUCCUCAACCGCGAGGCCAUCCCUAUCCUACCAGAUCUCCUCGAUACAUCCAGACAUCUCUCGAUCAUUGCUUCCGCUGUAAUCCGCCAUUCUCGGGAUUAUAGUGCGAAGAAAACCGGCGGGGACGAUAAUCAAGCCCUGGACCAACUAUGUACAAAGUGUUUCGAAGUCGAAGAACACGCCCUGCGACGUGUCAGCAAACUUGCCACGCGGAUGUCCACUGACCGGCGUGCAUCCGUUGCGUCUUCACCGGUAAACCCUCUGACCCCGACGCCUUCGAAUAGCACAACGGUCUUCGCGGCGAGCACUUCUUCCAACGGCACGCGUAGAUCACGAAAAUCAACGCGACCUUCUACGGCCCCCUCCGCGUCGGAUUCGGAUACUCCCCGUCAUCGCCAAACCCACUUCUCAGGACCUUCUAGCCCAAAUCGUCCAUUGCGCGUCUUUGGAGGACACCCUCCAGUCACGCCCUCUUCGCCGCCAGGAGCCGAGGACAAUCACACCAGAAAACGACUAAAGAGCAAAUCCAAGUCCAUUGAGAACAUGCCUACAUCUGGCCUUGACUUAGGCACCGCGAAGCCUGAGGCAGCUGCAGAAAUGUCUGAUGACACUGGAAAAGGAAUGAGGGGCUUGGGUAUAUUCCGUGGUAUCUUAAGGCGAUAA